AAACUAAAAAAAUUAGCAAGUAUUUGCGUGGGAGUAGCAUAAUUGCGAGAGGAAUUAGUAAUAAUAAAAUAGCUUUUAAAUAAAAUAAAGUGAAAAUUAUAAAAAUAAACGGUAUCUGAUUUUUGGCACCGAGUUCCUGCGACAUUUCAGACGUUUAAAAUAUCUCUACGUGUUUCCGGUGUCGUGGCGAUCACACACACAACAGUUGCACACACCAGUCAGUAAACCAUCUGAUAAACCACACAAACAUGAUUUCGUUAACGGACUCACAGAAGAUCGGGAUGGGGCUGACGGGCUUCGGCGUGUUUUUCCUCUUCUUCGGAAUGAUUCUUUUCUUUGAUAAAGCGCUCUUAGCCAUUGGAAAUAUCUUGUUUGUGGCAGGUCUCUCAUUUGUUAUCGGACUGGAACGGACGUUCAAGUUCUUCUUCCAGCGGCAUAAAAUGAAAGCCACCGGUUUCUUUCUGGGAGGUGUUUUCGUGGUGCUCAUCGGAUGGCCGAUUGUAGGCGUCAUCCUUGAAAUCUAUGGAUUUUUUCUCCUUUUCCGGGGCUUUUUCCCAGUAGCGGUUGGCUUCAUUAGGCGGGUGCCUAUUCUUGGAUCUUUACUGAAUCUUCCUGGUAUCAGUGGGUUAGUGGAUAAAGUCGGCGAGAGCAACACUAUGGUAUAACGGUCAACAGUUUAGUACUUUCUUUUAGUUUUCUAUGAGUGGCUCAUAUUUAUAUUUGUCAUAAUAGUGCUUCUGGUUCGGCGUCUUGCUGGACAACAUUUCUGAACGACAGAUGAGAUUUUUGAUACUUUACCUGUGAAGAAGUUCAGGUGUUUUUUUCUGGGACUGAUUACCAAACCAAGUCAGGCGCUGUUUUUGUUACUGCAUCACACGUCUCCCUCCGGGGGGCGACAGGGACCACUGAACCCUAAAUGACCACAAGAUGGGCGGACGAUGACGUUACAUUGAAUGAACCACAACUGAAAGGAACCACUGGGCUCUGAACAAAGUCGUUACUGUUUUUUUAUUGCGCUUUUAUGUGCCAACCGUUGUGUUUUGCUCUCUUUUUAUUCGUCAAAAUCUAAUUAGGACUUUUUCCACAUGAGCUCCACCUAGAGGAGCGGAGACUUUCAUCUCUUCGUGCUCGCGAGGAAAAUUCAGCAACCUGUGAGCCAUGCUGUUAUAAUACAUGACUGACUUGUUUAAGUAUUUGUAAAUACUUCAAAUGUGAGACUAAUGUAAAUUUUUACAGACAAAGAUCCUGUUUAAUAAAUGGAUUAUAUCCUUUACGGUCAUUUAAAGUCUUAUAUAAGCGCUCAGUGCAAAUAUUACACAACAAUUUUAUAUAUUGCUAGCAUGUGGUUUAUACUUUGCACUUUCAUUCAACAUUUAGUGAGUACAUUGACUAGUUCCUGUAACCAACAGUCAGUUGGAAGUGUAACAGUGUCAAUCAAACGUUUGGACGCA